CCCAACCACUGCAGGAGAAGGUGAAGGAGAGAAGGGAGCACAUUAUGGUUGAGUUUGAGAAGAUGGACCUCUUCCUGAUGGAGGAGAAGCAGCGCCUCCUCCAGGCCCUGAAGAAGGAGGAGGAAGAGAUGGUAGCAAAGCUGCAGAAGAGCAUAGCCUUGCUGGAGCAGCAGAGUCACUCCUUGGAGAUGCUGUUACUGCAGCUGGAGGACAAGAAUGAGCGCACACCACUUCAGAAGCUGCAGGUGAGGUGGGCAGACCUGCUUACCUGGCUAGGGGUGGGGAUGUGGGCAUGAGCUCUGGCUCAGUGGUAGUCAAGGCGACCUGACCUGUGGCAACAGAUACUGGUCAACAGGGAUCGCUCUCUCAGUCAGUUCAAGCUGCAUAACAAAUACCAUAGACCAGAUGGUUUAAACAACAGACAUUUCUCACCCUGGAAGCCUGAGAUCAAGUUGUGGGCAGAAAUCAGAAUCAUCUCUCCUGAGGCUUGUCUCCUUUGCUUGUAAACAGUCAUCUUCUCCCAGUGUCCUAACAUGGCCAUUCCUCUGUAUGUCUGUGCCCUGAUCUCUUCUUACAAGGACAUCAGUCAGAUUGGAUUAGGGCCCACCCUAAUGACUUAAUUUUAUCUUAAUCACAUCUUUAAGACCCCAUCUCCAAGUACAGUCAGUCUACAGUCUUGAGUUAGGGGGUUAGGGCUUUACGAAGAUGAAUGGUGUGUGUGUGUGGUGGUGGUGGGGGGGUUACUCAAUUCAGCCCAUGACAGGCUCUAAUCCUAGAGACCUGUAUCCAUACCCUUCAUAGCCCAGGGAUGAGGCCUGAGGGCAGCUAUCUUCCACACAGUGACAUGGGGCACAAUGGCCCAAACAGACAACCUUCUGACUUCACAUGCAGAAGCAAGAUACAUGAUUGCACCUGCUAGCUAUGGAAGUAGGGAAAAGGCUGCCAUGAAUACACCUGCACACCAAGGCUCUGAAAAGGGCAGUUAUGUUAGCCAAAAAGUGGGUAACUGGCUAUCAAGUGUGUGGAGUGGUGGAAUCCAUAGCAAAAAAUACGUUUCGCACUGCAUUACAUACACAUUCAUAGGAACAUAUUUUUACAACUGAAGUAAAUACCACAUGUAGGGUAUCUAUAUCUCCCAGUGUGCCUGGGUCAGACCCAGUUUUAUGCCUGUUAUCCUGGCAUUCUAUGGGUUUUGUCCCCCCAUAAGUGUCCUGGUAUAGACAACAGGCUAAACUCUCACCCUGACUUUGGGAAAUAUUUUGUCUUCUAUCAAAAAGCAUCCUGUUUCCAACUAACUGACUCCUAACCCACUCAGGCUGAAGGCCCACAGGGUGAAAGUUUGGUCUUCUAUGCCUCCAUGGCACAUAACAAGUGGGCAGCUUCCCUGUGUCCUCACUCAUUGUGAUGGGGAAGAGCAGAAGGCCUGGGAGAGUCAGAUGCAUGAUCGCUGUGUACAGCCAAAAGAUAGGGUUUCACUCUGGAAACUAGAAACGGGGCCAUGGGAAAACAUCAUAAACCCCUCCUAUAGGAGGCUCUACCUGCCAGUCAACACGGGGUGCUCCAGAACGCCCCAGAUUCCUAAUGGGACCUCACCAAUCUCUCUUCCCCUGUUCAUGUCUUUUGAAGGAUAUGAAGGACCUCCUCAGCAGGUACGUGGCCACCAUUGGUGGAGGUGGUGAUGGGUGCAGGGAGGACUGCGAGUGGGACAAGAGGGGAGAGUGAGACCUGUCCCCACCGGAGGAAGAACAACCUGAGUGUGCAGUACCCAGAGGCCACAACCACCAAGCUGAAGACAGUCUGUAGGGUCCCAGGGCAGAUAGAGGUGCUCAAGAAUUUCCAAGGUAAGUGGGGGCCCAGGUGCUCUUGGCAAUGCCCCGCCCUGCUCCUAGCCACUGAAGGCAAGAGACACCAAUGAGGGAGGUCUCAAACACACCGCCCAAUGCCCAAAUGGUUCCCCUGCCCAUCUCCUUGGCACCAGUAAUAUCCACAGUUGGGGUAUGGGAUCAUGCAGUAACUCCAGUUUCAAAGCUGAACUCAGCCAAAGGGAAGCCUGGGUGGGGGUUAGGGUGAAUGGGGGAUUAUUCAGCCCCUGUUAGGGCCUUGCCCUCCCCUCUUAGACCCUGAAAGUUCCCUCUCCCCUCCACCCUGGGCCUGUCUCCAGAGGAUGUGAUGCCUGAUCCCACCACUGCAUACCCCUACCUCCUCUUGUAUGAGAGCCGCCAGAGACGCUACCUGAGCACCCCAGUGGAUGGCACAGCCUGUGGCAAGGACAGGUUCCUAGCCUACCCCUGUGUGGUAGGCCAAGAGACUUUCUCCUCAGGGAGGCACUACUGGGAGGUGGGCAUGAACCUCACUGGUGAUGCACUGUGGGCCCUGGGUGUGUGCAGGGACAACGUGAGCCGGAGGGGCAGGGUCCUCAAGUCCCCUGAAAAUGGGUUCUGGGUGGUGCAGCUAUGCAAGGGAAAGAGAUAUGCACCUACCAUGUCUGCCCUGAUUCCCAUUACGCUUACCGAGCCCCCCAGCCACAUGGGCAUCUUCCUGGACUUCGAGGCGGGAGAGGUGUCCUUUUACAAUGUGAACAAUGGGUCUCACCUGCAUACCUACUCCCAGCCUGCCUUUCCUGGCCCCCUGCAGCCCUUCUUCUGCCUUGGGGCCCCCAAAUCGGGCCAGAUGGUCAUCUCUACAGUGACCCUGUGGGUGAAGGGAUAGAGGGUCAAGCAGGGGGAGCUUGGGCAGCCUUGUUUUUUCCAGAAGGUGAGGUGGUCCAGCUCAGCAAGGCCCAUCUGCCCUCCUUACCUCACAUGGAGCAUCUGCCGGCCAUUGGCUGUGCAGAGUUGUUUCACAAAACGGAAAUAUAAUCUUGAUUAAAGCAGUUAAACACUUAGCAACUAUAUUUUCUAUAUGGAGAUGCUUCAUAGAAAACUUUCAUAAGUUUCAUAGUGGGUCCCUUUCUAAACACAUAUGUACAAGGCACAGUGUGGUGCAGUUUUCUUUAGCUAUGUCCCCGACUCUCCUCUUAGGGAUGUUGCCAUUCAUUGGCUCCUCCAAGGUUUAAGGGUUUGCUUAUAUGUACAGCCAAGGCCUCAGGUGUUCACUUUCUUUGCCUCCUCCAAAUUCUGUAUUUGGGUCCUUCACAUAGGGAAAAUGAAAGUGAAGAGAUUUUUCAAGCAUAACUUCUAAAAGCCUCAGAGCUGCGCACCCUCUACCCUUGGAACUUGCAGGGACAAAAUUCAAAGAAUAGGAUCAAAGGAGGGUCCUUUCCUUUCACUCCCUCUCAGUGGUCCCCACCCCGCAGUUUCAAAAACACUAAAAGCCAGGUAACAGUUGCCUGCAACCCCAGAAUUCUGAUCAAUGUACUCCUACCCCAACAAGACCAAAGUCCCUGCAGGCCAAGUUCCUCACCCCAUAUGUUCUGAUUAUCUCCUGGCCUGGGGGCACACGAGGACACCCUGGAACACUGGGGACGAAUUAAGGCUCCCCACCACAGCCUCGGCCUCCUUUUGUUUUUGAGGUCUCUACGCUUUGCAGAGAGCCUAGUGAUGGUGCAAGGUACUCCCCUGGCCGGGCCUCUGCACCCCGACCUUUCGCCAAGUGCGAGGGAAGACAUAGGGCAGCGGGACACUGGAGCAGCCCCUGUAGCUAGGCGACCACGGCUAGGUCACCGGGCGAGGAGUCUCCAGUUCUGUCUCGCCAGCGGGCCGCGUGACAGGCUACAGCCAAUCCAGAGCUAAAACAGGUUGUUCCAAGCGGCGGGGCGGGGAGAAACAGCUGCUUCCUACUUCCGCCCCUUCGGUUCCUCUUCCGGUCCUCGUACGGAAGCUCUAGGCCCUGGGUCCCCGAAGCCACCGCAGUUCCGCAACUGUACACUCCGCAUCCCUGUAGUCACACAGCUUCGGACCCCAGAGCUUCUGCGGCCCGAAGCUCCCCGAGUCCCCUGGUAUCUGCACGUCGCGUUCCUGGAACCCCGCGUCCCUGCGCGCUCCCCAAAGUCCCGGCAGCGGCCCGCCACCGCCCGACUCGGCGGAGAACGGUGCCUUCCUCCGUUACAUCGGUGUUAUGGCCGCCCCCGACUUGUCCACCAACCUCCAAGAGGAGGCCACCUGCGCAAUCUGCCUCGACUACUUCACGGACCCGGUGAUGACCGACUGCGGCCACAACUUCUGCCGCGAGUGCAUCCGGCGCUGCUGGGGCCAGCCCGAGGGCCCGUACGCGUGUCCCGAGUGUCGCGAACUGUCCCCGCAGAGGAACUUGCGACCCAACCGCCCGCUCGCCAAGAUGGCCGAGAUGGCGCGGCGCCUGCACCCGCCGUCGCCCGUCCCCCAGGGCGUGUGUGCCGCACACCGCGAGCCACUGGCUGCCUUCUGCAGUGAUGAGCUGCGCCUGCUGUGCGCGGCCUGCGAGCGCUCGGGGGAGCACUGGGCGCACCGCGUGCGGCCCCUGCAAGACGCUGCAGAGGAUCUCAAGGGAAAGCUGGAGCAGUCUCUGGAGCGUCUGCGGAAGCAAAUGGAGGAUGCGCUACUGUUCCAAGCCCAGGCAGAGGAGACAUGCUCCUUGUGGCAGAAAAUGGUGGAGACCCAGCGGCAGAAUGUGCUGACAGAGUUCGAGAGGCUGCGCCGACUGCUUGUGGAGGAAGAGCAACGGCUACUGCAGAGGCUGGAGGAGGAGGAACUGGAGGUACUGCCCCCAUUGCGGGAGAGUGCAGCCCGCCUCGGACAGCAGAGCGCCCAGCUGGCCGAGCUUAUCACUGAGUUGGAGGGGCGCUGCCAGCUACCAGCGCUGGGGUUACUGCAGGACAUCAGGGACACCCUGCGCAGGGUCCAGGAUGUGAAGCUGCAGCCUCCUGAGAUAGUGCCUAUGGAGAUGAGGACAGUGUGCAGGGUCCCAGGGCUGGUGGAGGCCUUGCGGAGGUUCCGAGGCGACAUGACCCUGGAUCCUGACACCGCCAACCCUGAACUGGUCCUAUCAGAGGACAGGAGGAGCGUGCGGCGGGGGGACCUGCGGCAGGCCCUGCCUGACAGCCCCGAGCGGUUUGACCCUGGGCCUUGUGUGCUGGGCCGGGAGCCCCUAACCUCUGGCCGCCACUACUGGGAGGUGGAGGUUGGGGAGCGGGCCAGCUGGGCCCUGGGCGUCUGCAGAGAGAACGCCAACCGUAAGGAGAAGGGCGAGCUAUUUGCUGGUAACGGGUUCUGGAUCCUCGUGUUCCUGGGAAGCUACUACAACUCCUCUGAGCGGGCCUUUGCCCCUCUCCGAGACCCACCCCGGCGUGUGGGCAUCUUUCUGGACUACGAGGCUGGACAUCUGUCCUUCUACAGUGCUAAUGAUGGAUCGCUCUUGUAUACCUUUCCUGAGACACCCUUCUCUGGGACCCUGAGGGCCCUCUUCUCACCUCUGUCCAGCAGCCCGACCCCUAUGACCAUCUGCAGGCUGAAAGGUGGGCCUGGGGACAUGCUGGCUCCCCAGUGAGCAGGCCUCUCUUAGCCCCUUGUCCUGCCUUCUGAGCCUUCGAGCCACUUGGAAACUGAGAGGAGGGUGCUUGUCCUCUGAGCUGUGGAAAGCACUUGCAGUACCACUCAGAUUAUGCAUAGCAAAACUGAACUCUUGUCACUGCCACUCCCAGGAAGCCAUGUGCAAGUGUGUGGGGGUUGGGCUGUGUCCUCCCUGGGGGCCCUCCAAGGUCAUCAGGUCCCUAGACCCCAUUCACCAAUGUGUUUACCCAAGCCAUUUGCAGAACCCUGAGCCCAGGGCCCUGGUACUCUAGCUCCAUCCAGCCUCAGUCUGGAAUGAGACACCAGGGCCUACAGAAUUUUCUCAGGCUGCAGUCUGAGCCCCCCACCCCGACCCCAAACCCUGGGUGUGGGGGCAAACCUCAAGAAAGCUGCCAUCCUGUGAAAUUCUGUCCAAGAGGUGGUUCCAAGCCCACCAGCCUGUCUUGGAAUCUGGUCGUAUAAAACUGGUAGGGGUUCUUAAUGUGGUUGCCUCAUGGGGGGUGGCAGUGGUGGGAGGGCAACAGAGUCCUCAGGAGACAGGUGAUAGGGGAAAGGCCAAAGGAAGACAACUGGGAGCAAGUCACUAAAUAAAGGCGUUGACUAACUAGGACACACAGGCACCCUCAAUUGCCCCCAAGGGUGGUCAACUGGGGCUUCUGAAUAAAGUUCCUUCCCUGGUACCCAGUGUAGAGAUUUGGUUCUGGGAUCCUGGAGGUGACUGCAAAGCUCAGAAAUAACACAACUUCACAGUUUCUGUCUGGGCUGUGCUGAGAACAGUUGGCUGAUGUUGCCCUCAUAAACAUCUCUUCACUAGCCCAUGGGGCUGUCCCUGAGCUCAGGACCCAGAGUCUCACCCCUUCCUGGGGCAGAGGGUAAGGCCACAGAGAGCUCUGGCUUACAGGACCCAGGAUUUAUUUUGCUGUAAGUUUGGCCCUUCUUCAUCCCUCUUAAGAAGGUGUGAUCCAGUGUCUCUGUACCCCCAGAUUUUAUUAAUUGUAAGGACCAUUCUCAUAGUAAAUAAACUAACAGUUGUCUGA